GUCCUGUUCCUGGGACCAGUCAUGUGAUUAAACAUUUCAGUCUGAACAGAACAGGAACGCUUGUGGUUUGCGGAUGCUGUUGGCUUCCAAUAAGUUCUUCAGUUAAUCAGGACGACAGUUGAAUUGGCUUUACCUAAAGCAGUAUGGCAGAUCAGGACCUUAAAAGAUAUCUUUAUAAACAGCUUCCUAGUGUUGAAGGACUUCAUGCCAUUGUGGUGUCAGACCGAGAUGGCGUUCCCGUUAUUAAAGUGGCCAACGAUAACGCUCCAGAAUAUGCGCUGAGGCCCGGCUUCCUUUCCACUUUCGCACUAGCAACAGACCAGGGCAGUAAACUUGGGCUUUCAAAGAAUAAAAGCAUAAUCUGCUACUACAACACCUACCAGAUUGUGCAGUUUAACCGCCUGCCUCUUGUCAUAAGCUUCAUAGCCAGCAGCACCGCCAACACAGGAUUGAUCAUAAACCUGGAAAAAGAUCUCGUUCCUCUAAUUGAGAAGUUGCGACAAGUGGUGGAGGUUUCCUAAAGGUGGAUUUCGUCACUGCGCCCCUGGACGUUGUGGUUGGUCAAUGGCCGUCUCUUCCAUUUUUGUGUGCACUUCUCGUUGCUCAAUCCGAUUUUGAAAAUCGCCAGCCAAGCUGCAUGGCAUGAAGCUGCCAGAAGCCGGAGGAAGAGAAACUUGAAGCAACUUCCCCUCUCCGCUCCAAAUUAAGAAGUCGUCCGUCUGCUUUGAGGCUGUGCGGAACUGCAGGCCCCUCACUGUGAGAGGCUUUUCUUGUCAUGUCUGUUGGCCGGAGGCACCACUUAGGGACACUUGGCCGUCAGCUUGAUUCACUCAGAUAUGUCACACGUCCCAAAGUCUCUCCUGCUGUCUACUUGUUGCUUUUUAUGUCUUCUGUUAAAAUAAAUCUUUGGACUCGA